AUGGAGCCUGCGGGGCAGGAUGGCAUCAAGCGGCUGAUCGCGGCGGAGGCGGAGGCGCAGGAGAUCGUGUCGAAGGCCCGCAGAGCCAAGACCGAGAGGCUCAAGCAGGCGAAGGCGGAAGCCGAGCGGGAAAUCAACGCCUUCAAGGCGCAGUGCGACGAGGGGUUCCGGAACGCGGUCACUGAGGGGACGACUUCGUCGGGAUCGAAUCUAGGGAAGCUGCAGGCGGACAUGCAGGCCCAGAUCUCGCAGGUGACCCGGCGCGCCGAGUCGCAGCGGCCCGCAGUGGUGAAGAGCCUCGUCUCGGCCGUCACGACGGUGCCCAUCACGGCUCAGGGCAAGUGA